AAAUCGUUUUGUAGUUCUGUUUGUAAAAAUUGUGCUUUUCGUUUGUGAUUUUCAUAGUGUUUUGUGUUAAUGAACUUAUUCAAGUUUACAGUAAAUUAAUUACCAAAGAUGGAGGAAGAUCUGUUUUCCUUUGGCAACAGUUUAAACUCUUUCAUUGAGAAAAACCAACCCAAUGAAGCAGAAAAAUUCCUAUCUCAGAUUAAUCGAACAUUUACACUCACUGAGCUACCAGCUUUAACCAUCGAUACGUACUUUUUGAACAUAUUCAAUAAGACGACCGGCCUUUUGAAUUUUGUAAAACGUGUUUUACAUAAACCCGAGUACAAAAAGGUGAAGAUAGUCUGUUUCGAAUUUUUAAAUACGCUUGUCCGUAAUUUUCCCGUUAAAAUUGGGGGACACUUAUUGGACAUUAUAGAAACUUGCGCUCCUGUGGUUCGAUCGUCUUGUUCGGUCAGUGAAAAGGAGAAGUCAUUGGAGCUGAUCACCUUAAUUAUCGAUAAAGGUGUCUUUCCUUCAGAUUGUGAGGAUGUGGAAAGAGAAAUAGCAGUUUUAUAUAAAGACACGUUGUUUAAAUGUCUUUAUAGCAGAUUUGAUAAAAGUUCAUCAGUUCAAGAAGAGCUUUUGAUAGUAAUUGGAGCAGUAACAAAAAAAUUUCCAUCAGCCAUUUCGAACGCAAACGAAUUAGGAAAUACCCUAGUAAAUCUCCUGAAUAGAGAGCUGCAAACUACAAACAAAUCAAUGCCGAUUAUACACGGUUGCGUUGCUGCGCUAUCGAACUUUUUGGAAAAUUUCGGGUUCAACAGUCAGAAUAGUGAUGCGGUUUUUCUCAAGAUCUACAGCUGUCUUAAGAUGUUAGCGGAUCCCGGUGGCGCACACAGAAAAAUAGCAUUUAGAGAAUCUUCGUCACUUUUGGCUAAGCACGUGGUACUGUUCUCUCAGUACGUUUAUCCGGAAGCGAAGUUCUGGCACACGUCAUUCUUGAAUUGGUUCAAUCUUGGAGCCGAAGACAAGAAGUCCGCGUAUAAUGUUUUGGAGUCGUUUCUCCAGGAAAUCGCGAACGUGCUCAGUGCUCGGGAAGACCAGGAGCUGUUUCAAUAUUUUCUUACCUACUUUAACAAGGUUAUCUUCGAAGGUACCGUGGAUAACUACCAAAUGCAGUUGGCAAUCCGCGGAUUGGGCCUGUUUGCCUGUUGUUUUCGCUUGCAUAUUUCUGCAGUGGAAAUCAACCACAUCUUCGUUACCAUUUCACAAAUAUUGGAGAAUACCUACAUAUUAACCGAGGAUUUGAGUCCUGAUCAAAUUGCGUACUUGCCACAUUACGUGCAAACCUUAUCCUUUAUCAUUACCAAUUUGCCCGAAUUGAACAACAGUCACAUUGUCAGUCUUCAACUAAUAUCAGUCGUGCUAAUUAAAGUGUUCCCACAGUUAUCGACUUUGCAGCAUUACUUAGUCGUGGACGCCUUCAUCGUUAUGUUCCACCAACUGUUGCAAUGCGAAAAAAAUGUUCUCGAAUCGUUUCUUGAAGAAAUCAUCUAUCAGGGCGUGAUAUGGACUUGCUCACAUCAGAUUUUUUCGGACGCGGAACAGUUGAAGGAUACCAAUCGUGAAGCAAUCACUUAUAAGAAUUACCUUCCAUUUUGGAACGGUAUGCUCGGGGUUAUGAAUUUGACCAGGUACGAAAAAUACGCGAUUGAUUUAACGAAGCGGAAACAUCUCCUCAAAAAACUAACCAACGCACUCGUGAAGACGCUCUUUGUGCUUAUCAAUAAAUUAAACCUCAAAACUAAACUAAAAAACCCCGAUAAUCCAGUCACCGAUCCAGAAUCGGCAUUCGAAGCCCUGCAAACUAGUGACUUUGUCGUUUUCGUUAACGUUGUGGAUUUUUAUCAAGAUAUCCUACGCAACGUGAGCCCCGAGAUUUUUAAGGGUUGGAUUAGUCAGUGUGUUAAUCAGAUUAUUUAUAAGUCACUCCAGUAUCCUCUCGUGAGCGGCUUCUACAAGCUACUAACUUCGUGUUUACAAAUUUGUGACAAACUCAACUACUUUAAUGAGACCCAGUUGGAAAUGGAGGAUGUGAGGAUGAGCUACAAUUCCAUUCUGCAAUUCGUCGAAGAUAUGCUUUGGAAAAUGAAACAGUAUAAGGGAGACUUACAAAUUGCUUGCCUGAAUGUACUUCUCACUACUCCCAUUGGUAUAGUAAAGGAAAUACUUCCCAGAGCAGUUCCCGCGUUUGUCGUCUUGUUUUCGGUCGGCCGUAGUUACUUGCACAUUGCAGGCUUGGGGGUCGAUGUCUUACUGAGGUGGUAUAAGAGCUUACCUGCGAUCGAAAUCGAGCCCUUUUUGGCGGAGGUUUUGCCUUGUUUAGAUUCUUAUUUAAAAAGUAGGUCUUUGGGAGGAGGCUUAGAAUCUAACUUGGUAGUAAAGCACCGGAAAACAAAGAAGGCGCUUAGCAAAAGGAAGGUCUUGGUACAAACAGAAUUGGAACUAUUUAAACUACAAACGAAAAUUAUUACUUUAAUCGGGCAACUUAAUACCAAUUUAUGCAUGGCGUUUAUUAACCCGAAGGAUAACCCUAAACCAGUCGUAUGGAACAAAGCUCCCUCUUUGAAAGUACACCUUCCUUACAAUAACAAGUUAACGCUGUACUUCGAUAAAUUCGUACCGAGAAUCGUCGAGCUGUCCCUAUAUUCGAGUGACCGUAAGAUGCGUUUAGCGGCAUGCGAGUUAUUACACGCCGUUGUCCUGAUUUUGUUAGGAUCAAGUCAUCCGAUGGAUGACAAGAAGAAGAAGGACGUCGAUUAUUUAGUAAGAAGUGUUGCGGAGCCUGUGUUAAAACUAGGUUGUGACUCGGACGAAGUAGUUGCGCAGCUGUUUUCCUCGCUAGCUGUUCAAAUGAUGCACUAUUACUCGCAUCCUCGUCAAAUGAAUAUGUCGCAUACUGAAAUAAUUAUUGAAACUUUAACGGAAUCCAUUACCAAUCCGUCCGAUUCCGCCUUACGAGACUUAUCUGGGAAGUGUAUUCAAGAAUUUAUUAAAUGGACAAUCAAGCAAGCGAAAACGAGGGAUUUGGAACGAAAUCCGAUCAAUAUCAAAAUUUGGAUCCGAAAUAUCCAAUCUUUAAGUGCUCAUCCCGAUCCAUUUAAAAGAUUGGGCGCGGCGCUGAUAUUUAACCAUAUCUACACGGAUUUAAGAGAAGAAAAGGAGAUGUUUAACAUGUUUUGGUUGGAAAUACUGGAAGCUUUUGUUACCAACUUAUCGCUAACGCAAAUACGUAAUGCGGAUGAUAACAAUUGUGUCGAACAAGUAUUGAUCGCGUUAAAUCAUGUACAAAGAGGAUUUGUUGAAAAAAGCGCGCUGUUCAACGCGAAUUCCAACACGAGAAGGAAACCUCCGGUUAUGGAUGGCAUUCUAUUGAAGGACGUCGCCAUGUGGCUUUUAAAAGAAACCGGCAAUAUCAACAUCAACUGUCGAAAGAAAUGUAUGGAUAUGUUUUGUAAAAUUGCCCCAUUAUCAACCGGCUGCCAUAACAGCUUGAACAGGUUCAAAGAAUUGUACAUUACUGGUACCGAGUGGAUUAAUUCGACGUACGAGACCGAACUAAUGAAGUACCCAACGAUAAACCACUUAGGCAGUUCAAAUACGACUGAUGGAAUAUUUAAAUGGUGUCACGGUCUUUUGUGUUGUCUCGACGGUUACAUUUUCCUUUUGGCCAACAAUCUCAUGCCAAAAGACGCCGCUCCGCUAUUUACAUCGGUGGACUUUUUUCUCGAUCAUGUCUUGGAAAAAAAUAUUGGAGAAGUUGUGAGGUUGAACUGUUCCAAUAGCAUCUACACGGCUGAAGAAAGGAAAUAUUUUAACCACUGCAAAUCCUUAAUUGUGACAAAGUUGAUGGACUUGAUUGUGACCAUUUUUAAAAGUCGUGCGGAACCUUUUGCCAUUGGAGUGAAUUUCUUGCCCGAACACAGUUUGUGGAAUUUAGUUUGUCUUCGGAUUUUCGAUCCGGUUGUACUCGGAUUUGAUCAGAUGGAAAAUUCUGAAGACGUUUCGAUUUUUUUGAAUAACCUCAGCGACCACGCCCCUGAGAAUGUUAUUUCGUGUUUACAAACGGGCUUUCAGAGUCAUGUCAAUAAAUUUAACAUCACGAACAAGCUUGGGUCCGGCAUUGUACCCUUUAAAGAAAGGCAGUUAAUUAAGGGACUUAUGACCAUUAAAGGUACUCGGAUGAAGGACAAAUUGAAUGUGGACUCUUACAGUUCGGGUAUACUUCAAAACAUUCACGACGAAUUAAUCGUGCAUAGAGAUGGCAAAAUUUAUGCCAAAGAUCUGCACAAAAGCGCCACCGAGUACUGUCAUCUGAAGUUGCAGUUCGCUUUGGACAAUAAAGAUGAGUUUGUCAAGAUGUGCCAGCUGUUAUGUGUUGAGACUAUGAUUAUUACCGAUCAACAGAAGGAGAUUAAGUACGGGUAUUACUUUUUUGAAAAAUUUAAAGACUCGUUACUUAAAUAUCUUGUGAACAAUUACGCUGUAUUUCUCAGCGAAAUGUCUCAAACGAACAUAAACGAGUCUUUAUUUACAUACGUCUUCGAGAUUCUGCGCUAUAUACGGCAUAAUCGUAAACAAUUUUCACGAGACGUAUUACAAGACGUGGUCGAGUCUUCCUUGCAGUUAUGGAACGGAUUAGUUACAUAUUUUAAUGGAAGCUGUAAGCAAAUAUUGUUGGGUAUCGAAUUUUUGGCCAAAUUGGGCGAUAUCAGUCAGGUGCCGUUAAGUGACUUGAUAAAAAAUGCGUCCAGUAUUAGUUUAUGGGUGAUCGGGUUGUUCAGCUACACAAAUGACGGGUGGACUGAAGAAGAUUCUUUAAAUUUUGUUUCGGAAGUUAUCAAUAUUUUACCUAUAGUCAUUGGGCAUCAUGAUUUACAUUUUACGGAACUGGGUAACGCUCUGGAAAAUAUCAACGAUGUUUAUUACAACGAAGAGGGAGGUACGAAAAAUAAGCUAUUACUGUUUACAACGUUUAAAAAACUCGUGGAUUCCAUGAGAUCUUCAAAGUCAAAACUUCUACUAAAGUACGUUGCCACCAUUUACGCUACUACACCCUACAUAAACCAAGAAAUCAAAGUUGAUACCGGAUUGAAAUUAUUUUUCCGACAUAAUUCGAGUGACGAGCAACUGUAUUCCAUCAACUCAGUAUACGCAAUGUCUUCAGACUCAUCGACAUUCACAUAUUUCCAGCGCUACUUGUUGGCUAAGGAUAUACUUUCAGUCUUGUUGCAGACUUGCCAUUAUGAUGUUUUCGAAUCAUUUUUUGUUACCAAUAUUGGCUUCUUCAUCACUAGUUUCGACACCGACAAUGUGGCUAUGAAAACAAUACUGUGCAUUCUGAUGGAAGUUUUGUUUUUGAGAAUCGCCAUAGAUAAUUUCCAAAAUAAUUCGUGUAACAUCUCCAAAGCUGCGUUUCCCGAAGUUCCCCCUUCCGAAAAGAAAAUGUUGAAAACAAUCACAGGUCUGAUUAUACAAAUUGGAAAGGAAACAAACGUAGACGAUGCAAGCAAACACUUCUUCCGUUUGUAUCAGUGCCACGCUUACAACGCCUUAAUUUCUAUAAUUAGUAACACCCAGACAGAUUUGACCUUUUACAAUUUACUUUUUAACCGAGAAACUCUUUGGUCGAAGAUUGUUGACACUGACCGGCUGUACAAUUUCGCAAUCGACUUCGACACGAUUCCUUCGUUAAGGAAGAGUGUGGUUAACAUACGGCGCUCAAUGGCGGAUGAAAAACGGAAAACCAACCCCGACUUCUCUUCGGUGAAGUACAUGCCUUCGCAGCACCUAUUCAACAGUACUUUAAGCGAGGAUAUAACUAAAUUUGACUUCACGCAUUCCGUGCUGAGAAGUCAGUCCGAUGAGCAAUCGACCAAGGCCGAAAGUGGUGCUUUUUGCGAACGGGAGGUUGUUUUGGAAGGUGUGGAGAUCAAUUUGCACGAGUGCAUGGCGUCCGUUUGCGGAUUAUUCCAGCAUAUGGCCGAUAUUGGUCUUUUACCCUUGGAUACCGAAGACGUCGCCAUGCCUCCAUGGCUUAAGGCAGUGAGGAAUGUGUUGAUGUCCGACGUGCAUAAGAAUGUAAAGAUCUUUUUAAUAAAAGUAAUUCACAACUCCCAAGAUACUUUCAAGUACUUCGCCAAGUAUUUGUACGGUCCGAUAAUUCAAGCAAUUACUGAUUGUGUUUUUGGAAACUCCAUUAACUUUUUCAUUAACGAUAUGGUCGUUAUGUUAACCUCAUGGGCAAGUAUUACACUUCCAACCGAAGAUGUUGAGCGUACAUCCGAAUUGUUGAGUUUCUUAAUGCGCAAUUGCGACACUGAUGUUCGUAGUGUUUUUAAGUACAACUUGGAACUGAUCAAAUUAAUAAUUGAGACAUGGAAGACUUGUAUAAGUAUACCGCAUGAUGUGAUAUACGAAAAGCUACAGUUACCAGAAAAUUCGCAAAAAUUGGAUAUAGGCGUUCAUUUGGCAGCAACCGUUUUAGCCAAUAAUAUUGCGCCCUGGCGUACAGGAGCAUUUAAGGAUUUUUUAAUGGCGCUCUGCAAAGUCUUGAGGAACGACCACCGCGCAGUGUAUCAACCUUGUUCCGAAGUGUUAGGAAUGUCGCUUAACUUUGUUAGCCAAGAUCACAACCUCAGUGCAUCAUUCGAAAGGUUCAAGGAAUACCUGCACAAGUGUAUUGCGAAAUUGUCGUCUAAUGACGACAAGUUUGCUUAUUGCAUUCAAGGAAUUGCGCUACACUACGCCCCCAUUGCUGAUAAGUAUUUGUGCAAACUAACGUCAAAGCUAAAUCAUGUUCAUGGCAAUUUUAAAAACAUCUACCUAAACAUAUUUCUUUCGCGCAUUGAUGUAAUGCACAACAUCAAUGAGUUAUCCUCGUUAGAUUUUCAGUCAUUAUUGCUCGAUGAAAAUUUAGAAACUCAACUGCUGACCUUACAAAUCAUCGAGAAAUCGGUCAACUACCUACGAGCGAACUUACUGUUGGACAUUCUGAGGCACGUUUCUAAAUUUGUCACCCACACAUUUACAUUGUGUCGAACAAUUAUGUUUGAUAUUUUCAUUACCACAUACAGCACUCACAAAUUAGAGUUAAAUUCCUUUUCGCAAGACCUCACCGAGCUGUCGAAGGAUGUUUUACUGCAAGGUCUGGUUGACAAAGAGUUGGUGGUUCAAGAAAAGCUUCUACAGUUCUGGUCAGAUAGAGGACAUUUUCCAGUGGAAAUUGACAAAAUGUUCCUUCAUUUGCUAAAUACCAUGUAUAAGCCAAGCGUUGAGGAGCACUAUGUGUGUUAUAGCUCUUAUUUAUUGCUAACUUCGAUAAUAACUUCGGAGGAGUACUCCGAAAAAUUGUUCGAACACCCCUUGUACGACUGUGACUUCCACGAAUACGUUUUGAACAGCAACUGGAGGCGCCAGCACGCGUCCAUGGCGCCAUUAUUUGCCUCAUCGCUCCAUUCCCAAGAUGUUACGAUGCACACAAUGGACUAUAAUGUUUUGCGCUCCACUGUUUCAACGCUGGAGUUUCAACCUACUCUGGCGCCUGCGCGCGCAUCAAGUAGUUUACUUUUCACUUUGACCGACGAGGCAACCGAUGCGCCGGUUUUCAAAGAUCCUAACGUCGUACUUCCUAAAAGGGAUCACGUGAGGAGUAGGAGAUUUUUGAAGGACAAGUCUAAGGUCAGUCGACAUUUCGCUUAUUUGGAAGUGAAAAAGUCCGUUACGCAAGAAGAACUGAGACAGGAGAGAAUAAAACGGAGCGAGAAAAAUGUGCAGCUGUGCCGGAAGUAUCGAAUUGGAGAGUAUCCCGAUAUUGAAAUUCCAUUGUCGUCCGUCAUUAAUCCUUUGCAGAUAUUAGUUUUCUGUGAUCCAAGUUUAGCAAGACACUUCUACACGUCUCUCUUUACAUCGUUAAUUACUAAAAUAAAGAAAGACCAAGCCGAAAGUGAUGAAUUUAGUCAAAGCAUGAACACGGGCAUUAAUAAUAUCUUGAACACUUCGACUCAAUUCGCGACAAACACGAUUGGUACCUUUUUAGAUAUCGCUCUCUCCUUCACCGACACCAUGCGAUUUGAUCCGAAUAUUAUUACAACAGUUAGUGAAGAGAGUGGACUAUUGUCGCUCGGCAGUCUUUUGCUCGAGGAGUACCUAUCGUCAAGUCUCGAGGAGGCGCCUGCAUCGAAGAAAAGGAGGGGCGUGGAGAGUCCGCAAACUAAUCAUUGGGUUAAACUCGCCGAGUUGUAUAAGGAAAUGAACGAAUGGGAUGUGGUGAGCUCGAUAUUCCUCGAAAAAAUGAACUGUAACGAAACUGUGUUACAUGCAAUCGAAGCUGAAUCGAUCGGACAUUGGAGGGCAGCUCAAGAAGCUUACGCCACAGUGAUAAAAGAAGACACGUCUGAGUACAGAAGAGAUUUUUACUACGAAUCCUAUUUUAAAGCAUUUGCAGCUUUGGGAGAGUGGGAUAGGUUAUCUGAAGCCAUUACUGAUAAUGUUUGCGGCACUGAAUCUGACAACACGUGGACGUAUCUGUGGGAUAACGGUUGGAAUCAACAAAAGCUGCUGCCUUGGUUUAUUACCUCUGAAUUACGCAAUACACUCAGCGGUAACGGUCAAAUUUUUUCGUCGGUCAACACCUACCUGAAAGAUCCAGAAAAGUCGUUAUACUUGAAAUCAAACUUUGGCGAAGAACUAGCUAUGUUGUGUCUUUUGCAAAAUGACGUCGACACUGCGAAGUAUUAUCUAAACGACACAAUAACCAGUUGGUUGGAAAAUUGGUCGACAAUAAACCCCUUGUUUGUAAACUUGAGAGCCAAUACAAUCUCCGGCUUAAAAGGACCAAUCGACAUUUAUCUAUUUACUCAGGCUAUUACGAGUAUAAACAUGCGUAACUUCCAGUUUAUCAUUGACGAUCUACUGAAAUCAUGGGACAAUCUGGCACGUGACCCUUUGGACUCCCUCUUGUUAAGUGAGACGCUUACAGUUUAUCGUAAUCAAUUUGUAUCGGUCAUUGAAGAAAAGCUACUCGCGCUGGCGGAUGAAGAUGAUAUCAGGGGCGAUUUAAUGAAAUUAAAGAAGUUUAAAUGCAAUAUACACGUUAAUCUUAUUGAGCAUGCCCUGAUGCAGGAUAAUUAUUACAUCGCUAGGAAAUAUGUUAAGCUUAUACAAACUGCUAAUUUACGAAAACUUGUGGAGGAGACUCAGUGGUCCUUGGCUGUAAGUAAAGUUCUGCUUUAUAGAUCGAAAACAAUUGAAAAUAAAGCUGAACGGUUUACUGUCCUGCUAACUUCGUGGACUAAGCUCGGCCCAGUUACUGGGGAUUUAAGUCCUGAAGAUAGUGCACUGUGCUGUGUAGUGAAACGUACUCAGCACGUUUAUGAUAUAACUCAACUAAUAUACGCAUUGUCUCAGACUGAUAAUGCACUGUUCAACGGUCAACAAGAUGCCCUGAGGGCUCUAAUGGGAGUCACUGCUGUAGUAAAUCCCGAAACGGUGUGGCAAUUUGGUGUAGAUACGCUGCAAAAAACUUUGGUUGAUUGCGAAAAUGAAAUUAAAAAAAUGAUGGAGACUGACGAUUUAAAAGUGUAUAGUCAUAUGGCAAACUCCUAUUUAAAAUUGGCGUAUUGCACUCAAAAUAAAGAGGAUGGUGUUGAAACCUUCAUUAUUUCGACAUUACGAGCUAUGAAAUUGGGGUCUACUGAGGGAAAACAAUUGUUUCCCUGCUUAUUGAGUAAGGACCUUGCCCAAUUCAAAAGCACUUUUCAAGCCGAGAGCUCUAAAAUUCCGACGUGGAUGUUCUUGAAUUGGAUUCCUCAAUUGCUUGCCAAUUUAGAUACUGCUGCUAUUUUCGCCAUUUCAGAUAUUAUCGUCGAAAUAGCCCAGAUGUACCCUCAGGCUAUAAUGUACGCGUACAGACUAAGCAAGGGGAAAUACAAACUUCAAUCAAACACUAUAGGUAUCUACGGGAAAAAAAUUAUUGAAACGUUGGACGGUCUCUUAUUGUCUAACACACAAGUAGAUACGCUAUUAUACGCGUUUGCGUCUGUUACCUCACCAACAAACGUGCUGGAGUACUACAUGAAAAGAAUUUGCGCCUCGAAUUCGGAGGAACAGUUUAAGGAGAACUAUCAGAAAUUGAUGGAUGAGUUGUACCCCCCUAAUAUUAAUUACAAAAGUCCAAAAAGCUUAAAGGGUCCUAUAUUUAAAAAGAUAGCAGAGUACGAACACAAAUUAAAAGAAAUUAUGAAGGGAAAAUUUGAUUUAAAACGAAACUGUGAAAAAUUAAGCGGCAUGGUACAAGUGUUAAAAGGCAUAAAGUACACUAGCGUCAUACUUAAGGAUUACUGCCCUUGGCUGGAACACUUCCAAAGUACAGAGUUGCGGGAAAAUCUGGAAAUACCCGGACAGUACUUGGGUAAUAAGCGACCUCUGCCACAGUACCAUACAAAGAUAAUGGGAUUUGCACCUUCAGUAUUGGUGCUGAAUUCGCUGAGAAGACCCAUCAGGAUUACAAUUUUAGGCAACGAUGCAAAAGAGUAUAAUUACUUGGUUAAGUUUGGAGAGGACUUGAGACAGGAUCAAAGAAUAGAGCAAGUGUUUAAUUUGAUGAAUACUAUUCUUUCGCAUAACAUUGCCUGUAACCAGCGACAAAUGCGCAUAGAAACUUAUCAGGUUAUCCCCCUCACUAGCGCACUUGGUAUAAUUGAAUGGUUAGAUGACACCAAAGAAUUGAAAGAAUUCAUUGUGGAGGCUUUGGCUAAUCAAGCAGAACAAGUUGCUUACAAUAGCGCUCUCAGUAGUUACCACAAAUGGAUUGAAAAGGCAACACCAAAGAGCAACAAGAACAUGGCACCUCCAGAUUAUUACGGUAGAGCGUGUAUGAAUUACGCACGAGGUAAAACCAUUACCAAUUAUCUGGAAUUGGUCAGUCGCGUACCGGCAGAUAUUCUCAGGAGGGCGUUCACAAUAAUUAGUGUUGACUCUGCAAACUUUUUUGCUUUACGUCAUCAGUUUACUGUCAGCUAUGCUGUACUCUGCACCGCCCAAUGGUUACUGGGAAUAGGAGACCGUCACUUGUCAAAUACUAUGAUCUCUCUACAAACCGGGGCAGCGAUAGGAGUAGAUUUUGGUUGCGCGUUCGGUUUCGGUACACAAAUAUUACCAAUACCCGAACUUGUACCUCUACGCCUCACACCUCAUAUAGUAAACUUAUUCCAACCCUUUAACGAGCACGGCUUACUGCAAGAAACAAUGAUACACUGCAUGCGCGCGUUUAGGAAAAGCUCCGAUAUACUUUUAUCUACGAUGAAUGUGUUUAUAAUGGAACCGACAAUCGAUUGGCUGGACGCCGCACGUCGUUCGGAAGAGACUAGUGGGCAUAAACUGAAACAGUCCUUGUAUUCGAAGCAAAAAAUGGAACACGCUCGAAGUAAAUUGGAAGGAGGAGUGAAUCCAGUAAGCGUAACUAUUGAAGAACUAAGAAGUGGGCAUAGCCACAAUCCAUCUUAUCUGGAAGAGUAUAUUAAAGUUGUGGAAGGCGUGCCAUCCGAAAACUUUCGAGCUGGGAAAAGUGGGAAAUUGUCGGAGGAAGAUCAAGUGAAAUGUUUAAUAGAUCAAGCUACCGAUCAAAAUUUACUGGGAAGAAUGUAUGAAGGUUGGCACGCUUGGGUGUAAAGUGUGAUAAGAUUGUAUUAUUUUUUUACUGGUAUUAUUAAAUAAUGUAAAUAAUCAAAUCAA